UGGUAUAGUAACAUGAAUGAUCUGACAGUACACAGGACGUAUCUGUUCCUAGCCACAGGCAGAAAGAACACAAGAGUAAAUAGGCAAAGAUGGCUCACGUACCUUGAGUUGCCCUAUGGCAGGGCUUAAAAUCAUCUAACUUGGAGCGGUUAUUUCAGAGGAUGAAGAAAAUGAGCCUGGACAGGAAAAGGAGAAGAGAUGACAACGAAGAGGACAACCACGAUGACCCUCAUUCAAAGAGGAAUAAGAAGGACCAGGCCUUCCAGGAUCCUCGCACUAUAGAGUCGUCAAGCAGUGAUAAUGAAAGAAACCACAGCAGCAUCAAUAACCCAGUACGAGGAAGUGUACCAGAAAGCAGCUUAAACCAGAACAUUGCUGAACUUUACUCCAAUAUCCCCGAGUUCUCACACGAGGACUAUGCACUGUGCCAAGGCCAAGGUGCUUACUCUCACAUUAACCAGAUCUUGAAGGAGGCCCAUUUCUACAGCCUACAGCAGAGAGGACAAUCACCGACGUGAUGACCUGGGUGCUCCUCCUCCCUUCUUUAUAAAAAGCAAUGACAUUCACACAAAGCAGUCUUGGCUUUUGUCUGUAUUUUCAGUAAGAGUCAAUGGGCAUUUGUACUCUUUUGCUGUUUUGCUCCACAAUGCGAUUUUAGAAGGUCUUUCGUGACAGUGUGAUAUGUUUUCUGUCAAGUCUGGUGUCCAAUUCAUGUUCAAAUAGCAGCAUGAGGAUUUCUCCUGAUACUGAAUGGCUUGUUUGUCCCAUUCAGGUUGGGCUCCAAGUCACUCAUUUAGGGUCUCCAUGUUAAAUGUCCUUGUACAAUGUGCCCCCUCCUUCUGAGAAGCUAAGGCCCAUAAAAGAAUUGUACUUUCCCUUAAAACAUGAAAGAGCAAGCAACAGCAGCAAAUAAGCCAACACCAAAGCGGCAAUGAGCAUUGAUUAGAGGGAGAAUGGGGCUUGUUAUUGUUCUGAAAUGAAUGGCAGGGCAGCUCCUCAGAAGGGAGAUUUUUUACCUAUAAUGGCGCAAAUGUCAGUCUCUACAGUUGUGACCGUGAAGCCUGUGUCUGGUAACUGCACUCCACAUUCCGAGUGAGAUGGCUUCUUCCUUUAAUGCUCCGUUGUAUGCCCAUCAGACUUUGUGGAAAGCACUUGUAAUUCUGUCAGAGAUUAAGUGCAAAAUGUAGAUAUGAACGGCUUGUGUGUUGUUCCUUACAGUUCCAUCCAUGAUGUGUAAUGUUGAUAAAGUCUAAACUACUGCACACAA